AUAUCCCCCCGACUCUCUCUCUCUCUCAAUUUAAACAACAAACCUCUCCCUCUCUCUCCUCCCCAAAUGGACAGGCCAUGAACAACACUAAACCGCCACUCUCAUCUUCAUCAUCACCACCACAACCAAACCAAUUCCCAUUAACCCACACUCUCACUCUCCACUGGGUUUCACCACCACCCUCCAGCACCACCACAUUCAAACCCAAGUUCCCAUUUCGCACACUAGCCACCUCCGCCAACCACCCCACCAAUCCCAACAACCUCUCCCUCUCCACCACCACCACCACCACCACCACCACCACACCUCCCAAUUCCCAACACCAAACUCUCCUCACCCUCCUCCGCCAAAGAAAAACAGACCAAGCUUGGAUUCUCUACACCCAGUGUUCCCACCUCCCUACCCCCACCUGUCUCAGCCGCCUUGUCUCCCAACUCUCUUACCAAAACACCCCCCAAAGCCUCUCUCGAGCCCAGUCCAUCAUCCAACGCCUCCGCCAUGACCACCAGCUCCACCGCCUCGACGCCAACUCCCUCGGCCUCCUCGCCGUCGCUGCAGCCAAGUCCGGCCACACCCUCUACGCCUCCUCCCUCAUCAAAUCCAUGCUCAAAUCCGGCUAUCUCCCCCAUAUCAAGGCCUGGAGCGCCGUCGUCAGCCGCCUCGCCGCCUCCGGUGACGACGGUCCCUCCGAAGCUCUCAAACUGUUUGGUACCGUUCUCCGGCGAGUUCGCCGGUUCUCUGACAAAGAAGUUGUCAGAGACUCGAGGCCUGACACGGCCGCUUUCAAUGCCGUUCUCAAUGCUUGUGCGAAUAUUGGGGAUACUAAGAGGUUCCUCCAACUGUUCGAUGAAAUGCCUGAGUUGGGUUGUGAGCCUGAUGUUUUGACUUAUAAUGUGAUGAUCAAAUUGUGUGCGAGAGCUGAUAGGAAAGAUUUGAUUGUGUUUGUAUUGGAAAUGAUUUUGAUGAAGGAAAUUCCACUUUGCAUGACCACAUUGCAUUCGAUCGUUGCAGCGUAUGUUGGUUUUGGGGAGCUGGAAAUCGCAGAGAGAAUUGUGCAGGCAAUGAGGGAAGGUCGGCGAGACCUUUGCAAAAUUCUAAGGGAAUUGAAUUUUGAAAACCCGAAUCGAAAUGAAAGGGAUGUGUUUGAGAAGUUGCUUCCCAAUUCUAUUGAUUCGAGUAAUUACGAGCCACCAUUGUUGCCUAAGAUAUACACUCCUGACUCUAGAAUGUACACUACUCUUAUGAAGGGUUAUAUGAAACAAGGUCGAGUAAGCGACACGGUCAGAAUGCUAGAGGCAAUGCGCCAUCAAGAAGAUGGUGCUAGCCACCCUGACCAUGUCACUUACACAACCGUUAUAUCGGCGCUCGUGAAGGUGGGAUCAAUGGAUCGUGCACGACAGGUCUUGGCAGAGAUGGCUCGAAUUGCUGUUCCGGCUAAUAGGAUCACUUACAAUAUUCUCCUCAAAGGGUAUUGCCAACAACUACAAAUAGACAAGGCAAAGGAGUUGAUGCGAGAGAUGACCGAUGAUGUAGUGAUUGAGCCUGAUGUGGUCUCGUAUAAUACUUUAAUUGAUGGAUGUAUACUAGUUGAUGAUAGUGCCGGGGCUCUUGCAUACUUCAAUGAGAUGCGAGCGAGAGGAAUCGCUCCUACUAAGAUUAGUUACACCACUUUGAUGAAAGCUUUUGCUUUGUCAGGUCAACCAAAGCUAGCUAACAAGGUGUUUGAUGAAAUGCUCAAAGACCCUCGAGUGAAGGUUGAUUUGGCCGCAUGGAAUAUGUUGGUGGAAGGGUAUUGUAGGUUGGGUUUUAUAGAAGCAGCGAAGAAAAUAGUUGAGACGAUGAAAGAGAAGGGGUUCUACCCAAAUGUGGCUACGUAUGGAAGCCUUGCGAAUGGGAUUGCAGUAGCUAGAAAGCCCGGGGAAGCACUUUUGCUUUGGAACGAAAUCAAGGAGAGGUGUGGGAUGGAAAAGGAAAGGGAGGUUUCUAAUUAUGUUUCUUCAACUAUCCCACCACCGCUGAAGCCUGAUGAAGGUCUCUUGGAUACUCUGGCAGAUGUCUGUGUCCGAGCUGCUUUCUUCAGGAAGGCUCUGGAGAUUGUUGCUUGUAUGGAAGAGUAUGGAAUACCGCCAAAUAAGACCAAGUAUACGAGAAUCUAUGUGGAGAUGCAUUCGAGGAUGUUUACGAGCAAGCAUGCCUCGAGAGCGAGGCAGGACCGGAGGAGCGAGAGGAAGAGAGCGGCUGAGGCUUUCAAAUUCUGGUUGGGAUUGCCUAAUUCUUAUUAUGGGAGCGAGUGGCGGCUUGAACCUGGAGAGGAUUAUGCCUCUGAUUCUGUAUAAUCAUCAGUGGAAGGAAGACUGUCUAUCUACUACCUCUCUGACUCUAUUGUAAGCAGCAGACUUAUGCACUAGGUACGACCAGUUUUCUAAAAGCAAAAGUGUAUUUCAACCUUGUGAAGCUUGAAAUUCAAAUGUAAUUUAUCAUUUGAUUAAUGUAAUAUAUGAAAUAGAUUCCUAAGCAAUCCGGUAUUUAGGUUCAGGAAGAGGGAUAUUUGCCUCGUUGAAA